GUCUACCAAUUGCAUCGCAGCUGGAAUUGAGCAGAGGUUACCGAUAUGGUUUUGAGUCCCUUAUAUUUCUCCCAUUGCUUCGCAAGAGUUUCACAGAAGAAACGUAACGAUUCAUACAGAUCAUAGCUACUGUAGCCGCCGGAAGUUAUUAUGGAAGGGUAUUCAAUUAACGCAGAAACUAUAACAGAGCGUAUUGGCUACAUCACUCGCGUACAGAGUUUCAGCGCUUGCCAUCGCUUGCACAGCAAGGCACUGAGUGACGAAGAGAACAAGAAGGUGUUUGGGAAAUGCAACAACCCCAAUGGUCAUGGCCACAACUACAAAGUGGAGGUGACUGUGCGUGGAAAGAUUGACAGAAGAACAGGGAUGGUGAUGAAUCUAACAGACCUUAAGCAGUAUAUUGAGGAGGCCAUAAUGAUCCCUCUUGAUCAUAAGAACUUGGACAAAGAUGUGCCUUACUUUGUUGAUGUAGUCAGCACCACAGAAAAUUUGGCGGUGUACAUCUGGGAUAGUUUGGUAAAGCUUCUGCCACCCAACCUCCUCUACGAGAUCAAGAUGCACGAGACGGACAAAAACAUAGUUGUGUACCGCGGCGAAUAGACCACGCACACGUGUGUGUGUGUGUGUGUGUGUGUGUGUGUGUGUGUGUGUGUGUGCCACCUCAACUCUCCUCCACCCAUCCCUCGGUCAUUGAGAACACCCAAUGUCUGCACACGAGGACCUCCGUCUCCCUGCUACAAGGCUGAACUGCAGCGCUGAGUGCCCUGUGUGGCGGAGUCCCCAGCAGCCAGGGCUGGGUUGGAUUAGUGUAAACCUUCAGGUAUACCGCCUGGUCAAGGACCAGUGUGUUCAGAUUGAUCCUUUUGAACAAGAGGGAUUAUAUUACCCUGUGUGAGAUUAUCCCCCCCCCCCC